AUGGGCGACCGGCACUGCAAGAAGCACGUUUGCUCCGUGACCAUCGUCCAUGACACCAUCAUGAUUCCGCUCCUGACUGCUUUCCCACUGCGGUCAGAAGGUAUUGUGGAGUCGUUGGAGCUGACGAGCUGCAUCGUGUGGAUCAUUGACAUUGUUGUUACCUUCCUCCGUGGGUUUAUCAACCCACGCACAGGUUUCGUGGAGAUGCGCUUGAAACAGAUUACAUUAAACUACCUCACCGGCUGGUUUGUGCCGGAUCUGGCCAUGCUCUCCUCUGACAUUAUGUCCCUGUUUGCACUCGAUCUCCGCACCGUGGAGACGUUGACGUUGCUGCGCUUGUUUCGAAACCUCCGGCUGUUUCGGCUGUUAAAAAUGGCUGGGCGGCUGUCGUUGAUCAAGGAGCUUGUGCUAGGAUUGAACAUGGGACUGGAGUGGACCUCACUCUACGUGGAGACCUUCCUCACCGUUUUGAAGCACGUUUCCAUCAUCGCUCUGCUUUGCCACUUCACGGCUUGCGCCUGGUAUGCCUUGGGCGACCUCUCGUCCGACGAGAUGACAUGGAUAGCCACUUACAGGGAGAAGCUGAACCUUCCGGAGGACACGGGCUGGUCCUUCUUCUACGCCCUCUCCCUCCACUGGGCUCUCACCCAGUUCCUCGGCGGCGCUAAAGGUGAGCUGAUGUACUUUGUCCGGGAUGGCAAACUGCAUUACAGCUGGGACGAGACGCCUCAUCUGGUCGAGGAUGUCCUCCCUGGCAUGCGGGUUAGCGAAGCAGUGCUCUGGUUGAACUGGGAGUACCGCGGCCGCCUAGGCUGCGGUUCGCAGAGUGCGCAUAUUUUUCAGCUUGAUGGCGAUGGCUUCCGGAAGGUGAUUGCACGGAGCACCCACAUGGACCUCUUCGCCCUCUAUGCUCGGCUCUUUCUGAAGAACAUCUCCGACUGCUACAACUGCAUAGAGGAAGAAGCCACGGAUCUCUUCGGCGAUGAUGAGCAGGUCAGCAAGAUGUUACGUCUUUCCAGCUUAAUGACUGCUGGGAAUGACUCGGUGGACAUUCGCGCCGUCUUCCUGGCCUGGAAGGGGGAGGCAGCAGCUGCACAGCUACCUUUGCGGCAGGUUCGGCGGACGCUUCUCUGCGUUCCUCGCUUGGCGCGCAGCCUGUUUCGUUUCCGGCGCCAGUCUUCGCCAUCGUCGCACAUCGGCGACGAAGAUGUGUAG